CUUCUCUCUACCAUUGUUGCGCUUCCAGAUCCUUCCCACCGAUUGUUCUCCACCGCCUUAUCUCAUGUAUUUGUUUUUUUUUCCUCACUGCCUCCAUCGGAUGUUGAUACGCUCUCCACCGGUCAUCCUAUUACCUACAUGCUGUUUCUUUCACCAUUCCAGACAUCCGAUCACCACCGUUCUACCUAUCCCUUUCUCGACUUCGAUCAGAAGCAACCACCCACCCACCCUCGAUGAAUAGUAGAUGGUUUGGACCCACGCCAUCACCGGUUUAGCUGCCGGCUCCAAUACCGCCUGUUUGGAGCCGGAGUUGCUUGAGACUCGCCGCCGAUCCCUUUCUCGACUUCCACCUAUCCCUUUCUCGACUUCGAUCAGAGGCAAUUUUAGACAGCGAUUAUGUCAAAUUUCAGCAUACAGUGGUGUUUAUGGAACAUUUAUUUAUACCUCGAUGACCCGACCUACUUCGUCGCCCUCGCGGUCCCCAACGCUACAACUUUGGUUCUAAAAUUUCUCCAUGGUCGAUAGAAAUCUUUAUGUAAACCUUUCUCAUGGUAUUGUUCAUGUGAAUGGCAUAAAUGAAAGAAAUAACACUAUCCUCUCGGAAUCAGCUCCAUGUUGAUUUUCAGAAUGCUCUUUGAAACAAGGUUGUAACUGUCCUUUGGUGAGCUGGUGAAACUUUACUUACUGUGACUGAAUCUAUGGCAAAUGGAUCACUUACAAAUGUCCUAAUAAACAAAGAGAGGCAUUCUUUUGUCAUGAGAAGAUUAAGAGGCAAAUUGAUGAUAUCCAAACAAGGUAUAGCUAAUUAGCUACAUGUAAGGGCAGAUUAGUAAAGAAAGUCAACCUACUAAAGUAUCUAAUCUGAUGCCAUAAGAAACUUUUUGCAGUAUUCUUUCAGGUCAGGGAUGAAAGGAGAUGACAGAAAAGGAAUGGAUAGGAUUCACUUGAUUUAAUUGGUUACUUCUACCUCCAUUGGUUUCCCAGGUUAAGGUGAUGAAUAAUGGAUAGGGAGAAACGGCUAUUAUCCGUUUGUAGAUAGGUGAAAUGUAGGGAGAAUAGAAACAUACUUUACUGCAGCUACCAAUUGAGGCAAAGUACAAUAUUUUCACAUAAAAAGCGACACGUUCCAAUCCCCGCAACGCGGGGGACA